AGUUGCGGCCCCGCCCCCUUCCCCCCACACGCUCUGCAUGAACCCUGCCAGGAGACCCUGGCGUCCGGGAGGGGCCGGCCUGAGCCCCAGUGUGUGUAUGUAUGGCAUUGCUGAGCAUCACCAGCUUCGGCACCAGGUCACCAUCGGAGCCCAGGACCUGCAGGCAGAUGGCUUUGGGCCCAACCCCUUCUACCACUGCCUAUUGGCGGAGCUGCUCCCCAGGCCGGGGGAGCUCCCAGGGCCCCCUGUAGGCUACGCCCUCUUCUUCUUCGGCUAUAGUGUGAACCACGGGCGCCUUGUCUACCUGGAGAACCUCUACGUGGAGGCCCCGUACCGAGGCCGAGGCAUUGGGAAGACACUGCUGAGUGAAGUGGCGAAGGUAUCACUGGCCCACGGCUGCGUGGAGAUGAAGCUGAUGGUGAUGGAGGGGAACCACCGGGCCGCAGCUUUCUACCAGGGUUUGGGCGCCUGUGACACCACUGCCGAUGAGGGCUGGCACUGCGUGGAGCUGGGGGGGCUGGCCCUGCACCGCCUGGCAGGGGAGGAGCUCUAGGGGGUUGGGGCCAGCAUGUAUGACCUCCUUCCACCAUCCCACAAUGCACCUGGGGCAGUGAGGUGAGGUCCUUGGAACUGGAGAUGGGUAUUAUCAUGGCUCCCAUUGACUAUUUGCGAUCCUUCAUUGACUAUUCAUGGCCCCCCCAUUGGCCAUUCAUGGCACCCUCACCAUGACUGACCAAUUGUAAUCCUCCAUGGGAUCUUCAUGCUCCCCCCCAACACUGACCAAUCGUGGGCCCCUGUGAACUAUUCAUGACCCCCUCUUGAUCAUUCAUGAUCCUUCCAUAGACCAUUCUUGGCCCCUAGUUGGCUACUCACGAGCCCCCACUAACCAAUGAAUAUUUGUGAUCCCCUGGUACGUAUUCAUGAUCCCCUUCUUGACUAUUCAGGUCCCCAGUGAAUAUUCACGACCCUUCCAUUGACCAUUUAUGACCUCCCCCCACCCCAUUGACAACUCACAAUCCCCCAUUGACUGUACCCAACCCCUACUUGACUAUUCAUGACCUUAUUGACCAUUCCUAACACUCCAUUGAAUAUUCAUGACCCUUCCAUUGACACUUUGCUGGCCUCCAAUAAAUAUAUGAUCCUCCCAGUGACCAACUGACUAUUCACAGCACAUCGCUGACCUUUCAUGACCCCCUGGUGACCACGGGUGCUUCCCAGUUGACUAUUCAUAACUGCUGCCCCCACCCCAACAUGGGCACAUUCGUGGUUCUUGCAUACUCUAUCGUGGCAGUGGUUCCCUCAUGAAUAUUCACUAUUUCCCACCAAACAGCCAAUCUAUUCCAAGACACAUAAGUUUUCCUGAUGCUUCAAAUGUCCAAAACAACCCAAGAUCUGCCAUGACGGACCAGAAAGUGGAGCCUCCCCAAUUCUUUUCAUCAUAAACAUUCAUGACGUGCUUGAAUACUGAAGAACCACCCCCCUACCCCCCAAGUGAACGUAGGAGAUCCCUCAAUAAAUGCCAAGAUUCUUCCAUGAA